UCGUUCGUCCCUCUUUUGGUGCACGUUAACGUGAAAAUAAUGCGAUUAAUCGAUCAGCCGCACAAAUAUACGCGAUUGCGAUCUGCUUUCCCCUCCACUAACGCAUUAUAUCUGUAGAAAAAUCGCGCAUAAGCGCUGCAUUCGAACAACUUCUUCUCUCACCCUCGGCGACAUCGAUUCCUCGACGCGAGAUUUCGUGGUCGUGACGUAGUCGUGGUAAGAGGAGCGGCGAGAACUUUGUGGUAGGGACCUGAAACUAGUUGUUUUUGAUCUCUUUCGACAGACACAUAUCGCGAGUUCCUCCUGCCAUAGUAACACGACCGACGUCAACCCGGACGCUCUACGUUGCUCCUCGUCGUCUCCUUCGGCUCUCUCGUUCUCCAUUUUCUCUGUCCGCAUUUCGCAUUCCCUGACAUCCAUCGUCGGGACACCCUUCUUCCGCCUUUCCUCGCGAUUCUUUACAUCGUCGUCCACGAUUAUUACGAUAUUCGAUCGCAUCUCAAAAAAAAAAAAAAUCCCGCCCGUUCGAAAAAAGCUGAAAGUCGCGAAUUUAACAGCCGAAUUUGAGAGAAGAAUUUGAGAGACAUCGUUCAAGGGGUAAUUUUACUUCGCGAGAGACGUCAUUACUUUGCGAAGAUUUACAGAAGACGUUUAAAGAGAGAAAGAGAGGGAAACAACCGUUCUGUAAGCUCUGCACGCUAGAAGUUAAUCGCGAAGUUAGAUGAGAAGCGUCUCUUCCUUCGAAGAAUAAUUCGAAGAUUUCACGGUAAGAUUCAAGUAUUGCAACGUGUAUUUACGCAGCUGAGGACUUUUCACCUAGCCAUGAGGAACAUUUCGUUGGAAUCGUUUUUAUUUCUCUUUACUUUGAAGUUAUUUAUCCUAAUGGGACAUACGUUUCCGGUCACCGAUUUAGACAAUGAAAGGAUCGUAAAAGAUAAUAGUAUGAUGAAAAGAAAUAUUUCGAUAAACGAUACAGUCGUGGGUACACCUUACAUAUGUGUAUAUGUACCGCCGAAUUUGGAUUCGUGUAAUUUCAUUAGUCAUCAUAAGAUGAAAACUUCAGAAAAUCUUCAAAAUCUGGAACAUUCAGUGACGAGAAAGAAAUGGCACGAACAAUCGGAGAGUAAUAAAAUAUUCCACCCGCAUUCAUCGAUGCGUGUUUCAGAAACGGAAAAGCGCACAAAAACUAUAAUAUAUGAAAUACAAAGAUGCGUACCGCCAAGACUGCCAUUUAUUUUGCCCCCGUGCACGGACGCAGAUAUUUCCAACAAGGACAGUGAGAUUCAGCGACUUUAUCCCUUCGUUUCACACACAACGCAUGAAUUUCCAAUGUAUAAUUUUUCUACACAACCUCGAACAGUAUCGAAAUCUGUAUAAUUUGUGACGUACACUUGAACGAGUCGAUUGACUUACAGCAUACAUUAAUCAUUAGUCAUAUCUAAUCCUGAUAACAUUAAACAAAAAGAAGACUUAUUAUGUUCGUACAAUUCUGAUCUUUAAACAGGUCAGACGAUCUAUUAAUGUGAUGAAUAAAAAAAUGCAUGAAGUAUAAACUCGCUUUCUGAUACGUAAGAAUUAAAUAAGCGCAUAUAUUUUAUGGAAAUUGACUGUUGUUAAAGUUAAUUAAAAGAAUGAUUGAACUUUCAAUCUAAUGCAAGACUGCGUAAUGAAACGAAAUAAAAACUGUUUUAGCAAUAA